CCUGAUACCCCACCGAAGCAAAGCGCUUGAUCCCCCCCCUGUCACAACCACUUUAGUUUCGGUAGUUGAACGAUUUCCGCACCAAGGUUGUGAAAUGACAUCAUGGUGGCCAGGCAUUAAUCAUGAAGAAGUGUGUCUUUCUUCUGUUGCCUGCUCUGGCUAUCGUGUUGCUUUCGAAGACUUCUGGCCUGCUCUCGGCGCUUCCGUCGUCGCAAUGGGAGAGAAAGGAAACAGAAUUGCCUUCCUUGUCGUUGGCAGACAGUUCUCAUUCAUCUUUGGCGCGACAAGAGCAAUUGACAGGGAGAAGAUCCGUCACUCUGAUUGUUCGCUUGGGAGGGGAAAUGGCCAAUCUACUGUCCCAUUGGGUCUUUGCCAAGGGGGUUCAGUUGUGGAUGGAAGAAAACAUACCCGAUAUUCAUGUCACGUUGAUUGGGGAACGGCAGCGCGGAACCAAAUGGAAAGGAGCCGUGGAAAACGUUCAGGCUUGCUUUCCUAAUUUGCGUGGUCUGGAAUAUCAAGGGGGCCGAUGGGAUCCAGACUUUGUGGCAGUACGACAACAACAAAUAGAUUGGGUGGGAGAAGACAAUCACCGGCAAAAGUUGAUAAUUGACGCAGGAGAUGCCGAUUGUGGCACCAAGGAGCUCUUCUGUUUGCACAAGAAACUGGCCUAUUUUCAAUCACUAUUACAAAUGGAGACCAAUGCAACAACAACAAACCUCCACAAGUAUUCUCUGCCAUUCUUGGUGACUAAUCAGCUGGCUAGCUUUGACGUGUUGGUUGACCAAUACUACAAUCAGAUUCUGGAAUGGUUAGAGUUUGACUAUCAAGCAUGUUGCGCUGAAGAUCAGCCUGCUCUGGAUGAAGUUGUUUUGCACUUGCGAAACUUUCGAGCAGAGAUGCGAGAGAGGAAUUUCCUGGAAAGGGGUUACGAAGAAUUGUCACCAUCCCAGGUUGCCAACGAGCUCUUGGGGCAUUUGCCGGCUGGUACUCGCGUUGCUAUUGCCUCUCGUGGAGAUUCCUAUGUACAGCCCGUUGUGGAUGCGUUGCACAAGCGUGGACUAAAGGUCCGUCGGACUGUCAAUCGUACGGGAGUACAAGACUUUUGCUUCCUAUUGCAAGCCAACAAAGAAUUGGUUGGGACAAUGCGGUCCACAUAUACGCGAUGGGCUGUGUUGUUGGGAAAGGCGCAACGUGCACAAUUGUACUCUAUCGACAGUGCCUGGAAUAGAAAACUCCAUGGCGACAACGGAAGUCAAAACUUCACGACGCAGCUUCAUUAUCCAUGGAAGCGACCAAAACUACAACAAAAGAUACGCUAUCGAGUCUUUCCCUCUGAUUUUGAAGCAACAGGAUGA